CGAAACGUCUACUUCCGGAAACGGUGAAUGUUUCCUUCUGCAUCCCCUAUAAUAGACUUUACUUAUCUAAGCCUAUCUCGAUUUCAUUUUCUCCGUCGGUAAAAGCGAGCACACCAUUUUAUUAGGUUUCAACGCUCUGACCUCUGCCAUUAAGCACAAAUCUGUCGUACAGAAGGAUGGCGGAUGCAUUGGAUCUUCCUGGUGCUUCUUCUAUGCAGAAAAUGUCGACGAGAACGUUUAGACAGAAAGCUCAAGAAUUUCUUUCUUCACGAAAAUAUGCCAAUAAUCUCGUUGACAUAAUUAGCCAGUGGGAUGAAUCAUCAUCCUCUUGUUUAUUGACUAUAGAAACAAUAUUUGUGGAAGUGCUUAAACGGGGUGAUAUGUUUGUAGAACAAACAAUUACUCUUACCAUCUCAGAACCUAGUCCAGAAAGACGUUACAUCAACUGGUUGCGCAAUUGUUACGAAGAAGUCUGGGAGAAAAUUCUUUUAUCUAUAGAGAAAUCUCGUCCGACCAUUCAAUUGCAGGCCCUUACUACGGCAUUAAAAUUGUUAGCCCAAGAAGGUAAAACUCCGCUUGAACCAACUGGGACUUUGGGAUAUUACCUACCGCUACACCGUCUAAAACCUAUCCUUAUGUCUUUACUUUCCCCGGAGAAAGACAAUAUUAAUCUAAUAAAUAGAUUUCAAGAGAUAGCUGGAUAUUCGGAUGCACUUUACUAUACAUGGAAGUGUCUACCGUCUCUUACUCCAAAGAGACAACCGCGUGAAAUUUACAUUAAGAAUUUGCUCGAACUUAUAGAUAAACUACCACUGCCUAAAGACACAGAUGAGAAUGAAAUCUGUGAAAAUAAACAAUUGUUGUGUGGAUCAAACGGAGUCGCUACUAAUUGCUUCACAUGGGAUCAAGCCAGCGUCAGACGUUCGCUCAACAAAGUAUGGGCGUGCGUGAUGCAUUGGGAAUUAACGCCUCAAUUGCACAAACAGUUGCUAAUAGUGCUUUUGGAAAGAGUUAUGCCGCAUCUUGAAAAGCCUAUAUUAUUGACGGACUUCCUUAUGGAUUCUUUGGAUGCGGAUGGUCCUAUCGGAUUACUUGCCUUACAAGGCGUAUUCUUACUGGUCACAAAGCACAAUUUGGAAUAUCCAAACAUUUUUACUAAACUUUACUCGAUGUUCGAGCCAGAAAUUUUUCACACGAAAUAUAAGGCACGAUUAUUUUACUUGUCUGAUCUUUUCCUCAGUUCGACACACCUACCGGAAGCAUUAGUGGCAGCGUUUGCGAAGCGUCUUGCACGUUUAACAUUGGUUGCGCCACCCGAAGAUAUUCUUAUCAUUUUAUUGUUCGUGGGUAACCUCCUUCUAAGACAUCCAGGUUUGAAGAGACUUAUAGAUCAUCCCCAAGGUGGGGAAUUAAUAUCCGAGGAAGGUACAGGAACUGGCGACCCAUUUCUCAUGGAAGAACGAGAUCCGUUGCUUAGUAAUGCGCUCCUUAGUAGCCUUUGGGAAAUCAAAGCUCUUCAAUGGCAUAUCUUACCAAGUAUUGCUACAGCCGCACGUUUUAUUCGCGAGCCACUUCCCUCUGUCGAAUAUGAUAUGGCAUCUGCACUUGAACGUACGGGAGGGCACAUGUUUGAUCGGGAAUUGAGAAACAAAGUGAAAGAUAUUAUGUUAACGUUUGAACGCCCAGAUUCUAUGGCAUUACCGAAAGGUGACCGUCUGUUACAAUACUGGCAACUUACGUCCAUACAUUGAUUCGCAUUAUCAAGACUAUUUAGCGAAGAAGCAUGUCGUCGAUAAUGCAAUACAUGCGUGCGAAAUCGUCAAGAUUGCCGUUCGAGAUCGUCGUAAAAGUGCGAUGCAGUGUGUUAUAAAGGACGAGUAUUAGAAAAGAAUCAUGAUAAAUUAAGACAUUCGUUCUCGUUUUUUACCUCGUAUCUGUGGAAAAGAAAAAGUGACGUGUAUGUGUGUCGGUAAUAUUUAACUUUAUAUCUGUUAAAUAUAAUCUUUGUUAAAAUCGUUUUUAAACCAAUUGAUUUACAACGUGUCAUAUGCAAUCACAAUCUUAAGCUAUACGUAUUAAUCUAAGAAUUAUUAUUAAUUAUCUACGGACUAUCGCGACGAUUAAAAUAAUCACUUUCGUCGUAGCAAGUCAUUUGUACACACGAGUGUGAAAUAAUAAAAAGAUAUUUAUUUUAA